CGCCAGUGCUCUUCAAUCCAGUGACUCCGGAGAGCGAUGGCCACUUCUCUUCUGGUUCCUUCUUCCCUCCACUCCCUCGCUGCUUUCUCUCCCUCUCCGGCUUCCUCCUUUUCCAAGAAGGCGACCGGCGCCGGAGCCGGCGUCAUCACCACUACCACCACCACCAUUAGACUACGUUUCUUUGUCUGCAGAGCGUCUCUUCUCAGAAGAAGCACGCUCACCACCUCUGCGGCCCUAACAAACCACCGCCAGCUGCAGCAGCAGCAGUACCACCACCAUGUAUCUAAGCUCCUCUGUUUUCUUCAUAAAGCCAUUGCAUCAUCCUUGAAGCUCGAUUCGUUGUUGAUCUUUUGCACAUCCCUUGCUCUUUCUGUGUCCUUGCUUGCCGCCGACGCCGAUCGAGCGUCGGCCUUCGUUGUCACUACUCCUAGGAAAUUGCAGUCGGAUGAGCUCGCUACUGUCCGCUUGUUCCAGGAGAACACGCCCUCCGUCGUCUAUAUCACCAAUCUUGCUGUAAGGCAAGAUGCAUUCACUUUGGAUGUGUUGGAGGUACCACAAGGUUCUGGGUCUGGAUUUGUGUGGGACAAGGAAGGGCAUAUUGUUACAAAUUACCAUGUAAUUCGAGGUGCCUCUGACCUUAGAGUAACUCUUUCUGACCAGUCAACAUAUGAGGCACAAGUUGUUGGAUUUGACCAGGACAAGGAUGUCGCUGUCUUGCGUAUUGAUGCACCAGAGGACAAAUUAAGACCUAUACCUAUUGGAGUUUCAGCUGACCUGCUUGUAGGCCAGAAAGUAUAUGCAAUUGGAAAUCCCUUUGGUCUUGACCAUACACUUACAACAGGCGUAAUCAGUGGGCUCCGAAGAGAAAUAAGUUCUGCAGCAACAGGGCGCCCCAUACAGGAUGUUAUUCAAACUGAUGCAGCAAUUAAUCCAGGGAAUAGUGGAGGACCUCUGCUUGACAGUUCGGGGAGCUUAAUUGGCGUAAAUACAGCGAUAUAUUCACCAUCAGGGGCAUCAUCUGGUGUUGGUUUUUCAAUUCCAGUUGACACAGUCGGCGGCAUUGUUGAGCAGUUGGUCAAAUUCGGAAAAGUUACUCGGCCUAUUUUGGGUAUCAAGUUUGCACCUGAUCAAUCUGUUGAACAAUUGGGUGUUAGUGGGGUUCUUGUUCUCGAUGCUCCUCCAAAUGGUCCAGCCGGCAAAGCGGGACUGCAACCCACGAAACGAGAUUCAUAUGGACGCCUUGUUUUGGGUGAUAUCAUAACGGCCGUGAAUGGAAAGAAGGUUUCAAAUGGCAGCGACCUGUACAGAAUCCUUGACCAAUGUAACGUUGGCGACACGGUGAUUGUUGAGGUAUUGCGUGGGGAUCACAAAGAGAAACUUCCGGUGAUCCUUGAGCCAAAACCGGAUGAGUCAUAGUUGUGCGUCUAUUGUGUGUCGGUCAUUACGCCAAGGCAUUGUAAUUUUCAACAGCCAUCAGUUGGUCGAUUCUUAUAGAUGUAUCUGCUGUAAAUAUUACAAAAUAUAUGUUAAACAAGUGCAUUUUUUUUUGUCCA